AUGAAUAGUUGGUUAGUAUUGUUCAUAAAACUCUUGGUUAUUCAAACAGUAAUUAGUGAAUAUGAAGACCAGAGUGAAAAUAGUACUGUAAAUAGAUUACACGAGAAGGAAGAAGUAUCAAGAACGUUGUCGAGACGUAAGAGAUUCAUAAUUUUUCCAGAAGGAAGCUCCUUACAACUUGUAUUCUGCACGCAAGCUAUGGCAUGGAUACCAAUUGGUGAUAUUUUCCUAUACGGUAACACCAUAGCCUUAGCGUGGACAUUACCUUCAGAUCCCAUGUACCUUAAUAUGUUCAAAACUUACGAAAGAGCGAACAGAAGAAAUGACGUUGUAACAAAGACUCUUAACUACGUAGAUGAAGAUGGGAGGAUCAUUGCUAAAGUACCAUACAAACCGAAAUUAAUAGUAAACCCAGCUUUCGCAAAAAGAAGCGUAGACGAUAAGCAGAUGUCGUUUAAAGAGAAAUUGAAAACAAAGAUUGAUAGGAAAAAGAUGCAUGAAAAACAAAUUAAUCGGGACUAUUUGAAAGUCGAAUAUAUGGACAAGGAUGCAAUAGAGUUUCACAGAAGCAAUAGACUGGAUUUGUACCAAAAAUUGGAGACGCUAUUCACUGGGCUUGGUGGAGACGGGAGGCAAUGCGUUCUUUACAAACUAUGCGAGGCCGCGCAACGCCGGAGGGGGCAGGGGACAUUCCUGGAGGAAUUCCUCACUGUUGUCUUCACCCUUCCUAAAGGUAAAGAAUUUGACCUCGAAGAACAUCAGGAAUAUGAUGCCGCACAUACUCCUUCUGACGACUGUUCAACGCGCCUUCCUAAAGGUAAAGAAUUUGACCUCGAAGAACAUCAGGAAUAUGAUGCCGCACAUACUCCUUCUGACGACUGUUCAACGCGGUACCCAGGCUGUGUAGAAAGUUAA